ACGACUAGCUAGCCCGGACGCGCGACUGCGCGUUCGGGGCCGUGCUGCUUUAGUAGUACCUAUAUAUGAUAUACAUUUAAAUACAUGCACAUCCUGUUUGCCUUUGUCGUGCUAUCAUCCUUUUUCCCCGCAUGUUGUAUUUUGACAGUUUCCGUUUGUUGUGUUGUUUCUAUUCUACCUUUGAAGAUCUCUCCCGCAAUUCCUGUCUUAUAAUUCUUGCGCAUAACUUCAUCCCUACCCAAUAACGUCCACAGAUGAUCAGCAACGAACCAUGUUUUCAGGCUCGGUGCAUGAAAGAUCGUGCCAUCUGCAAGACCUGGUGGGAAACUUUGUAAGUCAACUCCAAAGACUUAAUGAACAUGAACUGGAGGAAGACUGCCGCAACAACUACAGCAGUGUCGGCGUCUUGUCUUCGAUGCUGGACAUGGUGACCAUGAUGGUGAACGACAUGAACGACAUAUUAUCAGAUGUCAUCCAACAGGAACAAGUGACGGUUUCACAAUCAGAGCUGUCAGAGAGUCAAGUUGAGGACAGUGAUAUCGGUUUUGAACUGGGUCUCGAGGAAGAACUGAGAAAUGAGGCAUUAGAUCGUGGCCAUGCUGGAGCACCACACCGCCUUGAAGAAUUGGCCUGGGUACUUAUUUGA